CCCGCUCGAGUGUCCUCGGCACCGAGGGCUCGCGGGUCCUGAGGGGAGGAGGCGAGCCAGGGGCCGGGCACUGAGCUCUUUGGCGCCCCCACCCCCGUUUUCGGAGCCCUCCACGCUGCGGCCACUGUCCCCUCCGGACCAUGGCCGACGACGACGUGCUGUUCGAGGAUGUGUACGAGCUGUGCGAGGUGAUCGGCAAGGGUCCCUUCAGUGUUGUACGACGAUGCAUCAACAGAGAAACUGGGCAACAAUUUGCUGUAAAAAUUGUUGAUGUAGCCAAGUUCACAUCAAGUCCAGGGUUAAGUACAGAAGGUAAGAGAUGGAUUUCAAAUCUCAAGCGGGAAGCCAGUAUCUGUCAUAUGCUGAAACAUCCCCACAUUGUAGAGUUAUUGGAGACAUAUAGCUCAGAUGGAAUGCUUUACAUGGUUUUUGAAUUUAUGGAUGGAGCGGAUCUGUGUUUUGAAAUCGUAAAACGAGCUGAUGCUGGUUUUGUAUACAGUGAAGCUGUAGCCAGUCAUUACAUGAGACAGAUACUGGAAGCUCUACGCUAUUGUCAUGAUAAUAACAUAAUUCACAGGGAUGUGAAGCCCCACUGUGUUCUCCUCGCCUCAAAAGAAAACUCGGCACCUGUUAAACUUGGGGGCUUUGGGGUAGCUAUUCAAUUAGGGGAGUCUGGACUUGUAGCUGGAGGACGCGUUGGAACACCUCAUUUUAUGGCCCCAGAAGUUGUCAAAAGAGAGCCUUAUGGAAAACCUGUAGAUGUCUGGGGUUGUGGCGUGAUCCUUUUUAUCCUGCUAAGCGGUUGUUUGCCUUUUUAUGGAACCAAGGAAAGAUUGUUUGAAGGCAUUAUUAAAGGAAAAUAUAAGUUGCUAACUUCCUGGUUUCCAAGGCAAUGUGCUUCAUUCCAACAGCUUCUGAUGAAUCCAAGGCAGUGGAGCCAUAUCUCUGAAAGUGCCAAAGACCUAGUUCGCCGCAUGCUGAUGUUGGAUCCCGCUGAAAGGAUCACUGUUUAUGAAGCACUGAAUCACCCAUGGCUUAAGGAGCGGGAUCGUUAUGCCUACAAGAUUCAUCUUCCAGAAACAGUAGAGCAACUGAGGAAAUUCAAUGCAAGGAGGAAACUAAAGGGUGCAGUACUAGCAGCUGUGUCAAGUCACAAAUUCAACUCAUUCUAUGGGGACCCCCCUGAAGAGUUGCCAGAUUUCUCUGAAGACCCUACCUCCUCAGGAGCAGUCUCACAGGUGCUGGACAGCCUGGAAGAAAUUCAUGCACUUACAGACUGCAGUGAAAAGGACUUAGAUUUUCUGCACAGUGUUUUCCAGGAUCAGCAUCUUCACACACUACUAGAUCUGUAUGACAAAAUUAACACAAAGUCUUCACCGCAAAUCAGGAAUCCUCCGAGUGAUGCAGUACAGAGAGCCAAAGAGGUAUUGGAAGAAAUUUCAUGUUACCCUGAGAAUAACGAUGCAAAGGAACUGAAGCGUAUUUUAACACAACCUCAUUUCAUGGCCUUACUUCAGACUCACGAUGUAGUGGCACAUGAAGUUUACAGUGAUGAAGCAUUGAGGGUUACGCCUCCUCCCACUUCUCCCUAUUUAAAUGGUGAUUCUCCAGAAAGCGCAAACGGAGACAUGGAUAUGGAGAACGUGACCAGAGUUCGCCUGGUCCAGUUCCAAAAGAACACAGAUGAACCAAUGGGAAUCACUUUAAAAAUGAAUGAGCUAAAUCACUGUAUUGUUGCAAGAAUCAUGCAUGGGGGCAUGAUUCACAGGCAAGGUACACUUCAUGUCGGAGAUGAAAUUCGAGAAAUCAAUGGCAUCAGUGUGGCUAACCAAACAGUGGAACAGCUGCAAAAAAUGCUUCGGGAAAUGCGGGGGAGUAUCACCUUCAAGAUCGUGCCAAGUUACCGCACUCAGUCAUCGUCCUGUGAGAGAGAUUCCCCCUCCACUUCCAGACAGUCCCCAGCUAAUGGUCAUAGCAGCACUAACAAUUCUGUUUCGGACUUGCCAUCAACUACCCAACCAAAAGGACGACAGAUCUAUGUAAGAGCACAAUUUGAAUAUGAUCCAGCCAAGGAUGACCUCAUCCCCUGCAAAGAAGCUGGCAUUCGAUUCAGAGUUGGUGACAUUAUCCAGAUUAUUAGUAAGGAUGAUCACAAUUGGUGGCAGGGUAAACUGGAAAACUCCAAAAAUGGAACUGCAGGUCUCAUUCCUUCUCCAGAACUUCAAGAAUGGCGAGUCGCUUGCAUUGCCAUGGAGAAGACCAAACAGGAGCAGCAAGCCAGCUGUACUUGGUUUGGCAAGAAAAAGAAGCAGUACAAAGAUAAAUAUUUGGCAAAGCACAAUGCAGUGUUCGAUCAAUUAGAUCUUGUUACAUAUGAAGAAGUAGUAAAACUGCCAGCAUUCAAAAGGAAAACACUAGUCUUAUUAGGUGCGCAUGGUGUUGGGAGAAGACACAUAAAAAACACCCUCAUCACAAAGCACCCAGACCGGUUUGCAUACCCUAUUCCACAUACAACCAGACCUCCAAAGAAAGAUGAAGAAAAUGGAAAGAAUUAUUACUUUGUAUCUCAUGACCAAAUGAUGCAAGACAUCUCUAAUAACGAGUACCUGGAGUAUGGCAGCCACGAGGAUGCGAUGUACGGGACAAAACUGGAGACCAUCCGGAAGAUCCAUGAGCAAGGGCUGAUCGCAAUACUGGACGUGGAGCCUCAGGCACUGAAGGUCCUGAGAACUGCAGAGUUUGCUCCUUUUGUUGUUUUUAUUGCCGCACCAACUAUCACUCCAGGUUUGAAUGAGGAUGAAUCUCUUCAGCGUCUGCAGAAGGAGUCUGACAUCUUACAGAGAACAUACGCACACUACUUCGAUCUCACAAUUAUCAACAAUGAAAUCGAUGAGACAAUCAGACAUCUGGAGGAAGCCGUGGAGCUCGUGUGCACAGCCCCGCAGUGGGUCCCGGUCUCCUGGGUCUAUUAGGCCUCUCCCCAGAUAUCUGCCGCAUAACUGGGAGCCACCUCAUACAUGGAAAAGCCUCUUUGUUAUCGGCCUUGUGUCAGCAGGUCGUGGUCCCUAGAGACUACCUAGUUGUAGUGUGACCUACAUUUAUAAUUAUUGUCAUGUCCGAAUAGAUAGGAGGAGAAAAACAAUUACACACUAAUUUAAAGAGACAGUAUCUUUUUUAAUCAGUUCUCCUAAACUUUAAUAAAAUGUAUCUUUAAAUGUAUGUAUUAUUCAAUCCUUUGGAAUGUUAUAUUUUUGGAAAUCAUAGCUUUUUAUUUCCAAGGCCCCUAAAAACUGCACAAAAUAGAUGCUGCUUUCUAUAAUCUAUUUUAAUAAUAAUAAACAAUGAUUCUGUUACCUUGA